AUGAUGAUCCAUAAAGGUGUUGUUUUGGGGGUGUUUCUUCUUUUCAUAUUUUCAGCAAUAGCUUGGGCAGAUUCAAACCCUCUUAAAGGGGAAGAAACGGAUAAGAAACUGGACAAAGUUUUACCAACUGAUGAUGCCACAACACAGGAAGGUCCACACUACGAGAUAGAUAGCCACCACAAAGGAAGAGGAGGCAGGUUUGGUGGCAGAUUUGGAGGAGGAGCCAGAGGCAGAGGCGGUGGCGGCGGCUGGGGAGGUGGCCAAGUAGGAGUAGUUGAAGUUGAUGGGUAUGGAGGCGGUGGGUCCGGAUCAGGAGGGUAUGGAGGCGGUGGAUCCGGGUCAGGAGGGUAUGGAGGCGGCGGGUCCGGGUCAGGUGGGAAGGGAGGUGGUUCCGGCGGAGGGGGAUAUGGAGGCGGAGGGAAGGGAGGUGGUUCAGGCGGAGGAGGGUAUGAAGGUGGUUCCAGCGGAGGAGGGUCCGGAGGUGGUAAAAGAGGAGUAGUUGAAGUUGAUGGGUAUGGAGGCGGUGGAUCCGGGUCAGGUGGAUCCGGGUCAGGCGGUUCUGGGUCAGGCGGGUAUGGAGGCGGCGGUUCCGGGUCAGGUGGGAAGGGAGGUGGUUCCGGCGGAGGAGGGUAUGGAGGCGGUGGAUCCGGGUCAGGCGGUUAUGGGUCAGGCGGGUAUGGAGGCGGCGGUUCCGGGUCAGGUGGGAAGGGAGGUGGUUCCGGCGGAGGAGGGUAUGGAGGCGGUGGGAAAGGUGGUGGUUCCGGCGGAGGAGGAUCUGGAGUUGGAAAGGGAGGAGGUGGAGCACCGGAGUAUUUGGUGGGGAGUGGAGACUAG